AGGGAAUGUCCCGGCGGCGCCAUGCCUUAUGUGGACCGGCAGAACCGCAUCUGUGGCUUCCUGGACAUCGAAGAGCACGAGAGCAGCGGCAAGUUCUUGCGCCGCUACUUCAUCCUGGACACACAGCAGGGCAGUCUGGUGUGGUUCAUGGACAACCCGCAGAAUCUUCCGGUCGGCACGGACUGCGUUGGCUCCCUAAAGCUUACUUACAUUUCCAAGGUCAGCGAUGCCACUAAGCUGAGACCAAAGGCAGAGUUCUGCUUUGUCAUUAAUGCUGGGAUGAGAAAAGUCUUCCUGCAGGCCAAUGACCAGCAGGACCUAGUGGACUGGGUCAACGCACUCAAUAAAGCCACCAAGAUUACGGUACCAAAAAUCUCAGACAGCCAUCAGAAUUCGGAAAACCACAAGUCUUUGCUGGAUACCGUGGGACCUAAGAAACAAGUGUCCUAUAAGACUGAAAUCAUCGGAGGGGUUCCAAUUGUGACCCAGACGCAGCAUGAAGGCAGCGACGGGGCAGAGCGAGCAGAGCGCGAGGCCAUGCAUCGGUCGCACAGCCAGCUGCCUUAUUUUCUGGGGAGACCGGCCCAGGACCACACGGUCAUCAAGUCGGGCUACUGUGUCAAGCAAGGCGCCGUAAUGAGGAACUGGAAGCGGCGAUAUUUUCUCCUGGAGGAAAACUCAAUGAGUUACUUCAAGUCCGAUCUCGAGAAGGAGCCCCUGAGGAUGAUCCCACUAAAGGAAGUUCACAAAGUGCAGGAGUGCAAACAAAGUGACAUUAUGAUGAGGGACAAUCUUUUUGAGGUUGUCACCACGUCGAGAACAUUUUACAUACAGGCCGACAGUCCAGAGGAGAUGCACAGCUGGAUCAAGGCUGUCUCAGGGGCUAUCGUGGCCCAGCGCGGACCUGGGAGGUCUGCUGCCACAAUGCGGCAGGCCAGACGGCUGUCGAACCCCUGUAUACAGAGGUAUACGUCUCGAAUUGGGGAGUGCAGCAGCACCCUGUUGCAGCUGUGCACCUGUCUUAGAUGUGUGACUUCCUGCUUGUGUCUCCUCCUCCCUCCUGUUCGAAGCCUGAGCACAGCGGCCGCUCCACAUUCUACCGCAGUCCCGCGGGCCCCCCCGUCCCUCGCUCGCCCGUAUCCGCCGCGCCACCCCGCCAGCCAGAUUGGGGCAAUGCCGGGGCCGUCGUCGCGUGCGGCCCACGCUCGCAGCCUGGCGUGGGACAGCGAGCACUUCAUGAGCCUGCUGCCCCGGCCUGCUCGCAGCCGCACGCCAGCCCGCCUCUCGCUGCAGGAGGCGCGGCUGGCAAAGUGA